UUUGGGGGAAGAUAGUUUUGGAUAUUUUUGAAAACUUUAUUGAAAAGGUCAAGGGUGCGGAAAUAAUGUUUCGAAAUAGUACGGGUAGUUUUAACCCGGUCCCUAACGCGACACGGCAAACUUGCGUUUUCCAAAUGUGGGACGAAUGUUGAGAAUGAAACCAACUUCACUUCGCUCUUGAACUGAACUUCGGCUACCCCGGUGAUGGAUGCGCCAAACGCCAACCUGAUAUAACUUUUUAGCAAAGUAGCCUUGCUAAGGAAAUCAUGAGAUCUGUUUUUACAAUACUUACCUUUGGGGUGACAGCCCUGUGUCAUGGAUGUUUUGUUGGGGGGUUUAGCGAGUUUGUAAAGGAAGAGACGGAGUUUGUGUCCCUGGGUCUAAAGGUGGAUUUUUCUCGUGUGUUGAAAAGAGUUAACAAGCGCUUUUUGUCGGUGUCAAUAGAUGCAAGUCUUGUCGCAGAAGAAAAGUUCAUGUACCUUUUAGGAUCCCCAAAACUGAGAACAUUGGCUAAAUCAUUAAGCCCGGCAUUUUUGAGAUUUGGAGGGACAAAACAAGACUUUAUGAUCUUCAACCCAACGAGUACACAUCGCGUUCAUCACCCAAACUCCCCCUUUCAGAAAGGUGACCUCUGUGAGCGACUGGAGCUGCCCCCCUUAUUAGAAGAGAAACUGAAGCAAGAAUGGGCACAACAGGAAGUGCUACUCCAGACGGAGGAGUUACAAAGGAAGUAUCACAGGGUGAAGUUCACAGAGUACGCUGUGGAUCUGCUGUUCUCCUUCACAAACUGUUCAGGAUUAGACCUCAUCUUUGGGCUCAAUGCUCUGCUCAGGACAGCUGGGAACUCCUGGGACAGUAGCAAUGCAAAGAGCCUGCUCCAGUUCUGUGAAUCCAGACAGUACCCCAUGGCCUGGGAACUGGGGAACGAACCCAACAGCUAUGAGAAGAAGGCAGGCAUCCGGUUGGACGGGUACCAGCUGGGCCAGGACUUCCUCAAGCUCCGGGAGAUUCUGCGAGAAUCCAAACUGUACCACAACACUGGGCUGUACGGGCCAGACAUCAGCCAGCCUCGCGACCACCGCAGAGACCUGCUGGAGGGGUUUUUGGAGAGUGGGGCUGAGGCGAUUGAUGCGUGCACCUGGCACCAUUACUAUGUAAAUGGGCGAGACACAUCUUUAGAGGAUUUCCUGGAUCCUCAAGUUCUGGACAUGUUAGCCUUGAAAACCAAAGAAGUACUGGAGACUGUUGACCUGGUGUCUCCAGGCAAGAAGGUGUGGCUUGGAGAGACCAGCUCCGCCUAUGGGGGCGGUGCGGUUGGACUGUCCGACGCGUUCGUGGCUGGUUUCAUGUGGCUGGACAAACUGGGGCUUGGGGCAAAACUAGGAUUGGACGUUGUCAUCAGGCAGGUUUUGAUUGGCUCUGGAACCUACCAUCUGGUGGAUGACAAUUUAGAUCCUCUACCAGACUACUGGCUGUCAGUACUGUAUAAGAGGCUUGUUGGACCAGAGGUUCUGAGCAUAGAAGCCUUCUCAAUAAUCGGCCAGAACAAGAGAGUCCGGGUCUACCUGCACUGCACUAACAAGAAUAGCACAAGCUACAAGAGUGGAGCAGUCACACUGAUUGCUAUGAACCUCAGUAAGAGUCCGUCCAGGAUUGCAGUUCCUGCUCAGGCCUCUAACAGCACUGCUGAGGCCUUCAUUCUGCAGUCAGACCAGCCUGGAGAGGAGGGACUCUACUCCAGGUCUGUGAGACUCAACGGAGAACUGCUGAAGAUGAUAGACGACCGAACUCUCCCAGAGCUGAAGGGAACUAAGCUUCCACCAGCAGAACAUCUCCAUCUUCCUGGAUUCUCCUUGGCCUUCUACAUCCUUCAGGAGGCGAAGGCCCCGGUGUGUCAGUGAUCCACAAAGGGGGACAUCGACACACAGCUGACACUGUCUACACUAUCUAAUGGAUUGUUGCACUAAAAAUAUCUGUUGUACACAAGUUUGCUGAAGGCCACCAAAUAUGGUGAAAGAGUUGACAAUGGCUCAACAAACAAACGUAUCACACAUUUGUCACGUGUGAAGAGAAUGGACUUGAAUCCUUUUAAAUACUUUUGUAUUGUUUAAAAAUUCUUCAUCGUGUAACCAUCUGUUGGGUGCUACUGGGAUUACAUUAUAUAUACACCAAGAUAUUAUAUCUAGUUGUGAAAACUGUAUGCAGGGUGAGUCCACAAUGCUGUUUCAUUGGUUUUCUAUCUGUCCUGUUGAUGAUUUAACAUUCAUCCUCAAAUAUCUAUGCUGAGAAGUGCAAUAUUUAUAUUUAAACACUGGGGAGAAAAAUACUGUUGAAAUCUUCGUUCAUAACUUUGUACAAAGAGUGUGUGGAGAAAAAAGAAUAAUGUA